AUGCAACAGACCUACAAAACGCAGCACACUGCGCACGGUACGCCCAUGGAAAAUUCCGACCAAGUUUCCAACGUCGACCCAGUCGAGACUGACGAAGACUCUACAUCUACCUUUCUACAUAGCUCAUGUGGAAAAUGCAAGCACUUCAACCGAUACAUACCGUUCAAGAUACCGCAGGACGGCUCCAAACAUGAGCGCUUUUAUUGUGAAAAAUGCACAUAUCCUAUCGUGGGGUUUGGAAGGACCUCGACCCAAACCACGCUGGCAUCUGCCGACUCGUUGUCACUGAAUGAAUAUGGCAGACCUAGGCCGCCAAGGAUUCGAAUAUGCACCAACAAAGAUGAUCUGGAAUCUAGACCUGCUUUGAUGGGCAAAAGUUUGACUCCUCUUAGCGAACGCAGUCCCACAUCGCGGCUGGAUCAUUCUCCUAUUCUACCGUCUGAUGAAGAGAAUUCUAAGGCUCGAGAUAAAGAUUCCGUGCUUGUGCCAGGAUCUAAACCAGCACAAAGCAAUGUCAAUGAAGAGCCAGUCAACUCAUCAAGCAUGAAGACGACCCCUCCACGCCUUACACACCUUCAAAAUCUUGGUGUCCGGCUUAAAGCGCGUUUUGAAAGGGGCUCCAACCGUCUCAAACUCCUGGCGCGACGGCGUCCGCGAUCACAGCUGCGAGAGAAAGAGGAGUAUCGUCCUGCUCCCCAAUCCGAGCGCAACGAACAUCAGCAUAGCGUCACGAUGAGUCCUUCAUCUCGCCUCAGCUUUGCCUCACAACCAUGUGGAGUCUCUCGGGCCUCUUCCAUCCCGAUGAAGCAAAGAGUAGAAUCAGCUAAUUCUGAUAGAAAUCCAUCUCUAGCACAUGCAGCAGGCCCUGACCGCACAGAGAUCUCCGAGGCUACUAAGAGGGAUCAGGCAUGUCAGCCGUCGGAAAAGACCCAAAUCUACGAACGUCGAAGAAGGAGAACGUUGGAAUCUAACCUCCUGUGGCAUAGAGUGUGUAAAUGCGAUGAUCAGUGUCAGUGUAAAUAUAAUGAUAGCCAGCACCCGACAACUGGGCGGCUGGCCGAUCACUCUGCAGCUCCGACCGGUGCUGAGGCAUUGAGCAGUGAGCACAGGCACGACUUAGACACGGAAACUCAUCAAGACAGCAACGAAGUACUACCCAUGCCUCUUUUCCUGCUUACCUCUCAUAUGAAUCAUCACCUGCCUAUCAACCAGCAGCCUCCAGAGCUACAUCGCAUAAGCUUGGCGGGUGAUAGCGAAAGAGUCGUGACAGACUUAAGCCAAGCGACGACUCGUUUAGGGUCAGAAAACGCCGAAUCUCUUAGCACAGACACAGACGGAGGCAUGUUUGCCUCGCGACCACCGUCAUCGGGUACUCAACAGUCCAUGUCAAACGUCAGAAACAACGCUGGUAUCGAUCACAUCCUUGAUGGAGUUGGUUUUGCAGGCCAUGUUGAACAAGGACAACCAGCCACGAGUCCACUUCCACAUUCAAUCACGGCUCCUGGACCUUAUGACGAUACAUUGCCGACUCACAGACAGGACAUUGAAAAUAAUGGGGCGCCAAUUGGACUACAUCAGUAUUCUGGUACUAUACAUCCACCACGAAGACAAGGCGAUCUAGGCGCCAACGGCCAUCUUGACACCCACGACGCCAUGACGACUCUUGGCAUAUCAGACGAAGCCUCCGAAGAAGUGACUCCAACAACAACAAUUCGGCGGACCACAGAACGCGGUCUCUCAGGCUUAUCAACUCCAUUGGAGCAUGUUGAGCUCUCAAGAAGAUUGAGCGAGCUCGACGGGGCUGAAGCAGUGUUAGAAGACGGCGAGGGAUGA